UAUAAAUGAUGGCUCAUCAUGAAACAAGAGAAUACAGUAGCCGGGAGAUAGUGCUGAGAUACAUCCAUUACAAGCUGUCACAGAGAGGCUAUGACUGGAUUGCCAGUGGAGACGGAGCAGAUCUUCCUCCUCCUGCCGCUGCCGCUGCUGCCGGGACCUUCCGUGCCCUCGCUCGGCUGGCAUCUUUGCCUUCGGAGCCCCCUGGCCCAGCUGCUCCUAGCGACGCUGGUGUGGUUGCGGAGCUGCCCCCCGUGCCACAGGUUGUCCACCUGACUUUGCGCCAAGCCGGUGAUGAGUUUUCGCGGCGUUAUCAGAGGGACGUGGCCCAGAUGUCUGACCAGCUGCACUUGACCCCGGGCACUGCCAGGAGUCGCUUUGUGGCGGUGGUGGAGGAGCUGUUCCGAGAUGGGGUUAACUGGGGGAGGAUUGUGGCCUUCUUUGAGUUUGGGGGCAUGCUGUGCGUGGAGAGCGUCAGUCGGGAGAUGUCUCCACUGGUGGACAAUAUCGCCGUGUGGAUGACGGAGUACCUGAACAGACACCUGCACCAUUGGAUCCAGGCCAACGGAGGCUGGGAUGCCUUUGUGGAGCUGUACAGCAACAACAUGAGGCCUUUGUUUGACUUCUCGUGGCUGCCUCUGAAGACGAUCCUGGCUCUGGCUGUGGUGGGCGCCUGCAUCACCCUUGGCGCUUAUCUGGGGCAUAAGUGA